CUGAACUCAUCAUGCAUCGACUACUCGGGUCUGGUGCACGGCGGAGGGUCAGUGUGCGGUCCCGGUCCCUCAAGUAGACGCCGCCGCUCUUACUUCAUUCGCGUGUUCUUUGUCGGGAAUUUUCUUUCCCCAUUUGCUCACUAUUUUUUGGAUAUCACAAGAUCAGUCAACAUGGGUAAAAAGGAGGAAGAGGAGAUAAUCAGAAUUGCGAAGAAGAUGGAUAAAAUGGCGCAGAAGAAAAACGGGGCCGGAGCUUUGGACUUAUUGAAGGAGCUGCGAAGUAUCCCCAUGACUCUCGAGCUGCUUCAGUCUACCAGAAUAGGGAUGUCCGUUAACGCCAUCCGCAAGCAGAGCACAGACGACGAGGUGACAUCCCUAGCCAAAUCCUUGAUCAAGUCAUGGAAGAAGCUUUUGGAUGAGCCUGGUGGUUGUGGAGAUAAACCUUCAGAUGACAAGAGGAAAGAGCAAACGACGCCUUCUUCUCCCUCGCAGGGAAGCCCAGAGGCAAAAGAAGAAGGCAGCUCCAGCAGUAACUCCAGCAGCAAGAGUGAUCCCGCUGACAAUUCAAACUCAUUGAUCCACACUUUUCCUCGUGCCGCCAACACCUCCGACUCUAUCAGGCUCAAGUGCCGAGAGCUGAUGACCCAAGCUCUGCAGUCUGGAGAUGAUCAUAUUGCUAUUGGCGCUGAUUGUGAUGAACUUGGAGCACAGAUCGAGGAACUUAUCUUUCAAGAGUUUAAGAACACAGACAUGAAAUACAAGAACCGUGUGCGGAGCCGAAUCUCGAACUUGAAAGAUAUGAAGAACCCAAAUUUAAGGAGGACUGUGCUAUGUGGGAGUGUAACCCCUGAGCGGAUGGCUAAAAUGAACGCAGAGGAAAUGGCCAGUGAUGAGCUAAGGGAAAUGAGAAAGAAUUUGACCAAAGAGGCUGUCAGGGACCACCAGCUGUCCACCACAGGAGGCACUCAGACGGAUCUAUUCACCUGUGGCAAGUGCAAGGGGAAAUGCUGCACCUACACACAGGUUCAAACUCGCAGUGCUGAUGAGCCCAUGACCACGUUUGUCUUCUGCAAUGACUGCGGAAAUAGAUGGAAGUUCUGCUGAAUCUGCGCGACACUCCAACAAGUAGCUACAUUUCUGCACCAGGUUGUGUCUCUCUUCAACAGAUUGGAGCUUUGUAUUUUGUGGUACAUAGUACACAACAUGCCAUACAAAGAUGCCACAGGUUACCAUUUGAAUAACUAUUCUGUUCAUAGAUUGAGUUCAUUGUCAGUCCCCCAACGUCCUCCCCCCCCCAAAUCUUUUACUAUUGUUAUUAGUUGUUUUGUCAAAUAUAUGCGAUCAAUCUUGUCUCAAUUUCUUUUAUCUGCAUUUUUUAUAUGUAGUUUUAACACUUUGGACAAUGUUGUUUUUGCGUUUCCCUCACAACAUUGCAUUGUUUUAUUUAAUUUCCCAAUGAAAGUGUAAUCCAUUUGAUUAAAAAGAAGUGCUUUUCAUUA